AAGGAACAUCACUUCAUUUACGAAUUAAGAUGGCUGGCGCUCAGGAUGUUUUGCGAUGCACGUUUUGCAAAAGUAAUGUUGACUUCCGAUGUAAAUCGUGCAUGAUCGAUCUCUGCAGUAGUUGUGUUGGAAUUCAUAUGAAAACAGACAGAAAGAAAAGACACAAUGUGCAGCCUAUCGAAGAUGUAAUCAAUGAAGUUGUUCCCCCAGGAUGUGCCGACCACACUGAUCAGAUAUGUGAAAGUUAUUGCCUAGAUUGCAGCGUAGCUUUGUGCCCUUAUUGCAUGCUUAAGCAUGAAGACCACAAAGUGGAAGACAUCUAUGAUGUUAUUGACAGUAUCACUGAAGUAAUAAAAAAAGACACAAUUAAUCGCGAACAAGAAAUUUCGGUGUAUGAUUCAAUAGACAAGAAAAUGUAUCUCAUAUUAAAGAACUACAAGAAGUUGGUGAAGUUUUAAAGAAGGAAAUAAAAGAUAUUGGAGAAGAUUUGCAUAAAGAUGUCGACGCUUUGGUCGACGAAUAUCAGACAGAAGUCGAUAAAAUCACAGAAAAAAGUGCUGAAAUACUGAAAACGUACCGAAAAGAUGUAGUGCAGUCAAAAAAGAAACUUAUAGAAAAAGUAGUUAAAAACAGGGAGCGUUUGAAAAGCAGGGCUGCUUUGCAAUUCCUUUCUUUUGAAACUGAUACUAGUGGGGAUGAAAUUCCACCAGUUUUAAAACUUACCCCACCAUCUCUUGUGUCAUUUCGAAGACACAGGGGCCAGAUGAAGGAAAUAUUUGGACAACUAGUGGACUGUGUACCUCACGGUGAAUCAGGUGAAUCUUUGGUUGUGCAGUGUGCAUAUGACUUUGACGAGAAGGAUGAGCAAGUUCACAACAACCUUUAUUUUAAAGAAAAGGACAGGAUACUUCUACAUCAGUCCAAAUUCUGGAACUCAGAAAAAAGAUGGUUAAUGGCUGUUCAUCUCCAACACGGAAAUGUUGGAUACAUUCCUCGAGAUUACCUAGCUUCUGAAUACUUUGACGAUGUCCCCGAAUUGCAGGAGUGGUGGUUGCAAAUAGGAAAGCAGAAAGGAACUGAUCUGCUUUGUGUAGAUGGCUUGGCAGAUGGGACUUUUAUGAUAGUUGAUCAAACAGGAAAAGGUUAUACAUUACUGGUAAGAUUUGGUCAGCCAACAUUGUCAGAAAGCGAAUAUGUGGAUUUUGAAGAUGUGCCGAAUGUUAAGGAGUACCCGAUAACAAUAUCUGACAAGACCGUUUCUAUUGUUGAUGGUCAAUUCUUCCCCAACCUGUCAGCAUGCAUGGCUUUCCACAUCAAAUACCAAGGUUCUCUGUGUUGUCCAUUGACCAAACCAUACCCCCAAGAAAGACCAACACACUUGUUUUCUGGUCCUGAGAUCGACAAAGCUUUGAUUGUAUCCCUUCGACCGAUCCAUAGAAGUAAAACGUCAGUUUUGGACACUUACUCGGGACAAACAAGGACGGAGGAAAAUAUUACAGCAUUCAUAUUAAAGAAACCCAAAGGACUCCAGUGGGGGAUAGAUGCCAAUGAUUUUAUAGAAGGAGCAGAAAUUCUGAAAAGCCUUUCUCAUAAAAGGGUACUUAGUAUACUUGGCGUUUCUACGAUGUCAUUGCCCGUUGUGAUGAUUGCAGAGAGCGCACAAUGGAAUUUAAAGAGUUGCUUGAUCACUCACAGACAGUGUAAAUGGAAAUUAGAAAAACUCAUUGAUUUUGCAACACAGAUAGCGGAAGGAAUGAUUUAUCUUGGAGAAGAAGGAUUAGCACAUGGUGACCUGAGAGCUGAAAAUGUUAUGGUAAAAUGUGAUUUUUCCAUAAAAAUUGCCGGUUUCUUCUAUUCAAGAGACAUUAGAAACCCGAUGAAUGAAACCAAUAAGAGAAAAGUGAGGACUACAAUGAAAUAGAUGGCUCCGGAAAUACCUGACCAUAAAGAACUCUCUGUAAAAUCUGACGUCUGGGCGUAUGGUGUUUUACUUUAUGAAAUAAUCACUUUUGGUGAUGAACCAUAUCCAACUAUAACUGGACGUAAUGUCAUUGGAAAAGUUCAAAAAGGUUACCGUAUGAAGAAACCAUCAAGUUCAUACAUUCAGUGCCCAGAUCCUUACUACGACGUAAUGACAAAAUGUUGGCGCACAGAUCCCAUUACAAGACCAACGUUUGAAUAUUUAUUUCAGUUUUUUGAUGACUAUUUCAUUAGUUCGGAAGAAAGAUAUGACGAGCCAGAAUACUGAUUCAGAAGUAGCAAUUCUAUAUACUUAUAAGGAAAUAUAUAUAUUUAUAAGGAAAGUGAUAUCCUAUCCGAAUUUUUAUUUUUGCACGAAAUACAGAAAUUCGAAAGAUCUAGAAAACUAAGCAAAUAUUAAUCAGUGUAUUUUAUCAAGCACUAGUUUUAAUAUGUAUAUAAUGUUAUUACAUCUACAACAUCAAAUUGAAGGAUCAAUACUAUACAUGGAGUAUUUUAUAUUCAGAGAGGAAACAAUCAGAGAAUUAAUGAACCAGUAAUUGUUUUUUUAAAAUAUGCAUGUCAUAAUACAGUGGACCCUCAUUUAUCCGGACGCUUUGGUUCCCAGUCAAUUUGUCCGGAUAUGUGAAGCAUCUAGAUAUCUGAAUCACCGGUUAAACAAGACAAAAUAACAUUUAAAAAUUUCGUUCCGAUGAAAAAUCGUCCGGAUACUGAAUUAGAUAAAUUAUUUUUGUAGAAAUAUGAGUCAGAUGUUUAGAUAAUAAUAAUCAUAAAGAAAAAAAUAUAUUCAUUACAUCGUUACGCAAAUCCAUACUUAAACAAAAGUUUCAAGAAUAAAUAUAUUUAGCAUAAAUUAUGAGUAGCCAAAGCUGUUUUUCAUGAAACGUAAUUAUGGAGAUAAUGAAUGGUUUUCAAGAUCAUAAGUUCGUAAAACUAUACAAAAUAAGAGCAGCGAAGACACGGUUUUAAGCUCUCAAAUUGAUUGAUUUUGUUUUGAUAAAUUUAGAUAAUUAAAAAUACAUUAAAUGUUAUGGGGAGAGGGCCCAGCAGGCACACAUGUACAACAUUGAAUAAACUUUGAAUCAACGUUGUUUUUCUAUGUUGAUUCAACAUUAAUUUUAUGUUAGAUUUUGAAAUUUUUUAUCAACGUUGAAGUCUUAACAUUGAAUCAACAUUGA